AUGGAAGAACUGGGAAGGGAAAUGGUUGAACAUUGUGCCGGUCUUCCGCUGGCUAUAGUCGUUUUGGGUGGAGUUCUUGUAACAAAACCGUCGUUGAUAGAGUGGGAGAAAGUUUAUCGUGAUAGUAAAUCAUCCCUGAAGGCAGGGAAAGGACCGGGAGAAGCCUAUCAAAGAGAAAUAUUAAGUUUUUUAGUUUGGAGCUACAAUGAUUUACCCCCUCAACUGAAGCCAUGCUUUUUAUAUUUAUCAAAGUUUGGUGAAGAUAAAUGGAUAAAAUUGGAGACUUUGUAUCAGCUAUGGAUCGCUGAAGGAAUGAUACUCUCGAGUGACAAGGGGGAAGGAGAAACAAUGAUACAAGUGGCUGAAUCAUACAUGGGAGAACUAGUCCACAGGAAUAUGGUUCAAGUGAGAUUUAACGAUGUAGAAUCAUCGCUUACAAAGUUUGAAUCUUGUUCUCUGCACGAUCUUAUGAGAGACAUGUCUUUAAUACAAGCAAAAGCAGAAGAUUUUUUUGAAGUAAUACAUUUCCAAAGUGGAAAUGAGUUUCAUCUCAAAUCUACUACAGAGUCAAGGUCAGCUUCCACUCGAGUUGUGAUUCGUUUGGAUGAGGAAUAUUCUAGCAAAGAAGCUAAUUACUACUUUACCAAGAAACGCAAUGAAGAAUGCUAUCGAUCAAUUUUACUCCUGGGUAAGUUUGGAGCAAGAAGUUUGCCACAGGCGCUGGGUUCACAUGUUGCCAAUUUUAGGUUCCUAAAAGUCUUUUCUGUGGAGCACUAUACCAAUUUUUCUGGAGCAUUUUCUCAUAUUAAUUUUGGAAGAGCAGUAGGGUCCCUUGUUUACUUGCGAUAUCUCAGUGUAAGGGACACUAAUUUGUUGAUUUUUCCAUCUCUACAAAAGUUGGUGCUAUUACAAACUCUAAAAUUGGAUACCGACAAGAUAUAUGUUUUACCAUGGCUGUCAAGAGAUGUUCUGGUGAAGAUGGAUUGUUUGCGGCAUUUGUAUUUGCCGAAAUUUAAAGUUGACGUUUUGGGAAGGAAAUCGAAAUUACGGUUUAAUGGGUUGAGCAAGUUAGAGACCCUGGAGAACUUUGACACUAGUUGGUGUGAGGUUAAGGAUCUACGUGAGCUAAUCAAUCUUCGGAAACUAACGGUAACAGUGAGGGGUAGCUGUGAUAUUCUGGAAGAAAUGAUGAAAAACUUGGAUGAUGUAGCCUCCUCACCAUCUUCAUGUCUGAGGUUCUUGGGUGUCACUAUUGUUGAUUGUGAUAUUGAGCUGAACAAUGAUCUUACGAUCUUAAAACAAUUGGUAUAUGCUGAAAAUUUGAACCUUCGGGAUUUGAAAAUAUAUGACCUUAUCCCAGAGGUGGGUCUAAUAUUUCCGCUGCAUGUAUCCACAAUUUGUAUUACAACUUUAUAUUUAAGGGAAUCAUACCUGGCAGAAGACCCAAUGCCAAUAUUAGAAAUGCUUCCAGUGUUGAGUGUUCUCCAAAUGCGUGAGGAUACAUAUGUGGGGAAGGAGAUGGUGUGCUCCGCAACCGGUUUUCCUAAACUCACCGUUCUUAUUUUGUACAAGUUCACAAAACUUGAAAAUUGGAGGGUGGAGGAAGGAAGCAUGCCCAUCCUUUCAUACUUGAUUAUUGGAAGAUGUAACAAGUUGGAGGAGCUUCCCGAAGGCCUUGUGUUCCUCAAGUCCCUUCAUAUAGCUCAAAUGCCUCAAGAUUUCAAUGAUAGGCUUAAAAGGCAAGAUGGUGAACAACGACCCGACUUUAUGCAAAUAUGGAGUUAGCCAGAAAUUUUCUUG